CUGCGGGCCCUGAGGGGAGGCGGAGGCCGGGGCAGGCUGGGCCGGGCCCCGCGGGGGAUGAGGAUGAAGCCGGGCUGGGCCAAAGGAGGAGCCCGCUGAGGUGUCCCGGCCCUCGGGGCUCGGUCAAGGCGGCCCUGGCGGUGGAGCCGUGGCCGUGAAGGGGGUUCUGAGGGGAGAUGGCGGCUGAGGGGGGCCGAGAGCGGCAGCAGGAGGCGGCCCCGCAGCCCCAGCUCGGCCGCGGAGCAGACAUUUUAGAUGAGGCAACGAGGAAGGACCUGUUCACCGAUGCUUUCUGUAAGGUUUGCAGUGCAGUGCUGCAGUCUGAGUCCCAAAGGAUGUCCCACUAUGAGAGCAAAAAGCAUGCUCGGAAAGUUUGUCUUUACACCCAAAUGCACGCUGAGAAGGAUGAGAGGCAGAAGCAUGGCAAAAAGAAGAAAGCAAACUAUAUUAAUUUUCAGGUGCAUAGGAGUGGUGAAGAAGAUAAAUACUGCUGUCUCUGCAACAUGUUCUUUUCCUGCCCAAUUACUGCAUUGUCUCACUACUUGGGAAAGAUCCACGCUAAAAACCUGAAGCAAGCAUCAAGAGACGAAGUCCUGAUGGCAGUACAGAGCACACAGCCUGUUCCUGCUUUACAGAAGCCAGCAGCUGAGAAGCCCUUGCUGCCUUCAAAAGCUGAGGAGUUUGCAUCAGCCUCCAGCACGAGUUUGGAGUUAAACGAUACGAAGUACUGCCGGCUCUGCUGUGUUCCCCUCGAUAAUCUGUUCUCAGCCCAGCAGCAUUAUGUUGGGAAGAAACACAGAAGAAACAUAGCACGGAAAAAAAUAAUGGAGGAGCUGGGAGACGAAGCUCUGCUUGCAGAAGUCAGAAUAAAUGAAAUGUACCGGUCCCACGUGCAAGGGAGAAAACACCAGAUUAGAGCAACAACAGUUGUCAAUCUCACGGAGAAUUCAAAGAAAACUUAUGAAUUAACAGAUUGCAUUCAAGUUCCGAAAGCUACAGGUCUAGAGCAGAGAACAUAUUUGAGAACAGCAGAAGAGGAAGAGUUUCGAGAUAAAGAUGCCAAAGGAGGAAGUGACCUCGGUGGGGUUGUGUCUUCAACCUUUAAGCGUGAACAAGGCUGGCACUCCAACGUUUUCUCAGAAACCCAGUCAUCUCCAAAUAUCGGGGAAAAGAGAUCGCCCAGUUGGCCAUCAGCUUGUGAGCAUGCACUGGAAAAGACACCUAAUUGUAACGUGGGACACUGUGCAGGAGAGCAAGCAUCUGAGGUGGCCACCAUCAGAGAGAAAGGCUUUAGACAGUCAGUUGCAGAAUCUAAAGACUACUGCAAACUUGAGGUUGAUGAAACUUUUACCAGCUGCUACAGUGAACAGAAACUUCAGAUAAAACAUAGCGAGGAGGAAAAAUACAUUAGUGAAGAGCUGAAGUGUAAGAAAGAAGCCACAACACCAAAAAGGAAGGAAAGUAGUGAAUAUGCAGAUUUUGGAAAAGAAAACGAGAGGCAAAAGCAAAUUAAAUUUGACAUAGACUUGGUAAAUGAGAAGAAAUCGAAGCCUUAUAAAGGCGAAAGACUUGAACAAAACCCUGCUGAGAAAGAGAGCACUAAGCACAGAAAGGAUGAAGAGAAGCCACAGACAGAUGGCAAAACAGAAGAGCUACUUUGGGAUUAAUCCAUCUUUGGAUACUGAUACAGGUUUUGUUUAGCUUUAAGAAGCUGAUUCUGGUUGUAGUUUCUCUAAAGCACUUUGUAAAGUGCAGUGGCUGUUUUGCUGUUGUUGUCUGCUUAAAAACAAAGGUUUUGUUCCAAUCUGGAAGCAAGGAAAAGUCAGUCUUAUGAAUCAAUUGUUCAUUGUUAUAUGUACACCAGCCAUUGCAGUGAUGUGACCUUGAAAGUCUGUAAUCUCUUCUGGAAUAUUCCUCAUAUAAGGGACUAUAGCUUACAGAAUAUUCUUGGAAAUUCACUCAAAUGUAUAGCUUUUUUGUCCUAAUACUAAUAGAGAUUUCUUUUAGUUUUGCAGGAAAGUACAUGAGGUUACAUGAAAGUACAUGGCACGAUAAGUAAGGGCAUCACAGUGUUCCCAGCUACAUCUGUAACAUUUCUCUGACAACUCUUAAAGAAGAAUGUGAAAGGCUUUUGAUUCCAGAUCUUACUUGCUACUGUUAUUUUAUUCCACAUGUUUCUGAGAGUUAAAAAGGUUUAUUAAAUAUGCAACUGGUUGUCAGAUUUACAUCUAAUAAAUUAAUUUUUCUGAUUGUAA